CCAGCGUCGGAACCACACUUGAUACACGCUUACUAAGCGUACGAACAGGCAGGCGAUAGAAGUAACCACUGUAGAGGUACGGUAGCCUACAGUUUUUUCUGAAUACCAUUGGUUUCCAUGUCCAGAUAGCUGGUUCUGGACUUGACCGGUAGUUUCCCAGUGAAUAUAUUUGAAACCUAGGUGUUGAAGGUGGGACUGCCAACUAGUGGUUUUGAGAAGGUAGGACUGGUAUUUACUAUCAUUCAUGUAGCCUGGCUUAUGAUGGAAAACCAUAGCGAUGGAUUUUAUGACCAGCAAGUACCUUAUGUAGUCCCACAGAUUGUCCCAGAUGUGGAUAGUACAUUUACAGACAGAGAUCUCUGCUUAGGACAAUGUAAAUUUGAAAGUGGUUACAAAAAAUUCUGCAAAGAAGAUUUCUGUGAUUCAGCAGAGCUAUUUCAAGACCUUGACCAAUUACAAGAUGAAUGGUUUCCAGAUGGUUUAUAUAGUGACCAAGAAACAGAACAGUUUGUCCCAGACCAAGCAGAAAAUCUGCUUGCAUGUAUCAAGAUAAAACCAGAGCCUAGAAGUCCAUUCUGUCAGAAGUCUUGUUCACAUGCCAGAACACCAAAAUUCACAUUUGACAACAAAUUUGAGUUUGGAGAGAAAGCAUUUGUGAACAAACCAACAACAGAAAAUGGACCUGCAAUGGUGCCACAACAGACUCAGCCACUUCCACGGAAUACCACGCCCACAAACAUGGUUUCAACAAGCAUGCCAAGUCAGUCCCCAACACCGCUACCAACGUCAACUCCAAUCCCGGUCCCUGAUGUCAAUUUCAAUUACAUCAUGAAAGACAACAACAUCCAUCAACAAAACAGUAUGACGAUGAAGGACCAACAUUUCAUGUCAGCAAUGGGAACACAGUAUAGAGAUAAAAGGAUGCACCGACAAUUAACAGAACCAUGUUUCAGUCCUCCACUUACUGUCAACCAACGAAAUUUCAGAAAGCAGAACUCUGAGCCAAUAUUUCAUUCACUGAAAGGAGAUGGUUUGGAAUGCCAGUACAACAACCAGAGUUACCCAGCCUUUGAAAUCAAGCAGGAACCACAAGACUUUGGCUAUGAAUCAGGUUUGCAAUUGCAAAAUUGCUGUUAUUUCUGCAACCAUUCCACUAUCUUAGCCUCGACUUACUAUUUCUUUUUUAUCUUGUGGUUUGUUUCCAUAGGAGCAUGUUUUGAAAACUGUAGCCCAAGGUCAAGCUUUGAUGACGCUGCUGUCCCUGAGAAACUUGCACCAGUAAAAACUAAAACAGAGCCAUUUCGUGAUGGGCCUCCAUAUCAACGGAGAGGUUCGUUGCAGCUGUGGCAGUUCCUAGUCACACUGCUGGAAGAUCCAGCCAAUUCAGGUUAUAUAACAUGGACAGGCCGUGGACUCGAGUUCAAGCUCAUUGACCCAGAAGAGGUAGCUAGAAGGUGGGGAAUACAGAAGAACAGGCCGGCAAUGAACUAUGAUAAACUGUCGCGAUCACUACGCUACUACUACGAAAAGGGUAUCAUGCAGAAAGUUGCUGGCGAACGAUACGUUUACAAGUUUGUCUGCGAUCCAGAAGCGCUUUUCAUCAUGGCUUUUCCUGACGGCGUGCGCCACUACACCAGACAUAACAGCCUCGUCUCACAACCACCCAUGAUUAAGGAGGAGAAUGGUGUGGUACCAUUGAUGCAGUAUGACCAAAGGUUGUAUUCACAAGAGAUGGCCACCACUCAGCAGUGUCGGCCACCAUAUAUUGAACAGUGUCUCUACUGAAAGCAUUGUCAUCAAUAUAUGUUGUAUGUAAAUAGCAUUAUUAAAUAGAAAAAAUCAUUAUAUUGAUCAGAAAGAACAUUAUUUUUUGCCUUUGUGUUUAAAUAUUUACUUUUUUUCCUUUAGUAGUUGCGAGUUUGCUGCAUUGUUUUUAAGUAUACCGCACUUAUGUUUAUUGCUACUAGGUUUUGGCAUUAUCAGGAGGUCUGGAAGUUCAAUCUUAUGUGGCAUACCACAUAGGCUGCUGUGUAGCAUUACUCCUUAUGGUAUGCCACCUUGCUAUGGUACAUGAGCUCUAGAUGUGGUGACAUAUAUACGUGGCAUACCACAAGAUGUAGGAUCUUUUGAGGCUUGGCUGCAGUGUAGAAUUACUCCUUGUGGUAUUCCACCUUGCUAUGGUACAUGAGCUCUAGAUGUGGUAACAUAUAUAUAUGUGGCAUAACACAAGAUGUAGGAUCUUAUGAUGAGGCAUGGCUGCAGCGUAGCAUUACUCCUUAUGGUAUUCCACCUUGCUAUGGUACAUGAGCUCUAGAUGUGGUGAUAUAUAUGUGGCAUACCACAAGAUGUAAGAUCUCAUGCAACAUGGCUGCAGUGUAGCAUUACUCCUUGUGGUAUUCCACCUUGUUAUGGUACAUGAGCUCUAGAUGUGGUAACAUAUAUCUGUGGCAUAACACAAGAUGCACUAACUUACGAGGUAUUGCUGCAGUGCAGCAUUGCUCCUUAUGGUGUUCCAAUUGGCUAUGAUAUAUACUUUCUAUAUAGGGUAGGAAAUGGUUGUGGCAUACCACAAGUUGUGAUUUUACCAGAAGUUAUGAUGAUGCUAGCAUCACUUAUGGUUGAAUCUCCUCAUAGCUUACAGUAUGCAAUUUAGUUUGCUACAGGAUUGCUACAUGCCACCACAUAGUUGCAUCAUCUUCUUGCUAUGGUGGUAAUAUAACAACGUUUUAAUAAGAUAGGUUUGGUACAUGUUCCUUUUAGGAUUACCACUGUGUUUAACUAGUAUUUGUAACAUUUCCAGUUAACAAGGAACAUUGAAUGCUGAUUUCAACUUUAAAGAGUUAGCACCAAGUGAAUGAAAAUGUAGCUAUAGUCUCAUAUAGUAAUAACUCAAUUGGAAACAUUUUUAAAGAUUUUUUAAAUCCCUAAAAAAUAAAUUGUACUGUACUAACAAAAAGAAAGUAAAAAGAAAAAAAAAAACAUUUUUAUUUGCUCCAUAAAUAAUUAUGCAGCUACAGUGUGUGUUAAGGUGAAACAUUAUUUGAAUACAAAUUUUACAGAAAAAUGGAUUGUCCAUAAAAUGUAUUAAAUGUGGGAAACAGUAUAAAUAACUUAGAGGAAAUUUAGAGGGUAGCCCACAUUGGCAGCUGAUAAUAAAAGUGUCACAAACGAGGCCUUAAAUAAUCAUGUUCGUAAAGAAUUUUGAAUGAUUUAUAAAUUAAAUUGGAAGAAUGCUCUCAUUUUAAAUCAUUUGUUUGAAUAAUUGUUGGUAGUUUAUGAUACAAUUCAUUAUAAUCUCUGGUUGUGGUGGUACAGAUCGCUUCUUCCAUAAUCAGUUAAGACAAUCAUUUAUAGAAAAAGCAUGUCAAAUAUUUUAUUGCAGUUGAAAUAAAAAAUUACAAUUUAAAGAAAAGCAUAAAGAGAUGUUUUAGCCCUGUAAGAUAUUAUCAUGCUUAAUACAAUUUUGAUAUUAUUAAUAGUGGUAUGGCUGAGUUCAUCCCUGGAAAUGCAUUGUUAAGGAGUUGUACAAAGAAAACUUUCAGAUGAAUAUAGAAUGAAUUAUAUUAAAAUUUGGGUUGAUAUUUCACUUGUCAUAAUUAUUACUGAUAUAAUGAUAAUAUACAGUACAAUAUUUGAUACUGGGAUUAGGUUUAUCAAUUUAUAAUGCUCAUGAAGGGAAGAUUAUGGAAGUAAGAUAACGGGAGUUCGGGUCAAAUACACUCAUACAUAAUCAUGCAUGUCAAAUGACUUGGAAAUGGGAUUCUUAAAAGUGUUCAUAUUAUAUUUUUCUUAUGUGUAGGUUUUAAGUUUGGCUUACUGCAUAACAAUUUAAUAACAUUGACAACGGUUGUAAUGUUGAGUUUUCUUCGAUAAGGUUCUUAUAAUGUUUGUGUUUUGUUUAGAUACCUAUCUAAUAACAUUUACUAUUUCGUGAGUACUUACCUGGAUAAACUGCACCAUCUAGGCAAACAAAUCCCGCAGCUGAUUUGUGUAAUUUACUCUGGAAACGACAACACGCACAUCAAAUGGUCCUUUCUUCAAUAAUUCACUUCAUUUCUUAGUUUUUUUCUUCUGCUGUUUCUUGUUGUGUAAGUGAUUUUUAUGUUUUACUCGCUAUGUCUUGUCUAAUUUUUUUUUAUAAGUUAAAUUUGCUUGAGGCUUUUCUAUUCAUAGCCCUGUCUGUUCAAUAAUGUCAUAAUAUUGUAGUUAAAAUCAUUUCUGUCCACUCAAUAUUUUUCAUAAUGGAUUAUUAUUAAAAAAUCAUUUUUCCGUGAACCAAACUACAUGAUGUGAAAUAGAAUCAAAGAUUCACAGGCUAUAUGUCACCAAGAAUUAACAUACUUCAGAAAGUAAAAUAUAUGAAGGUUUACAAUGAAAUACUAACAUGUGAAUUCUUGUGUUAUUUUAUCAUCGAAAUAGCUUCUGAUUGGCUACUGCAGAUUAUGAAGAAUCUUAAAUAUUGAACCUAUUACAUUUGAAAAGUUAAAUGUUGUUAACAAAAGUUCUGAAUUGUUCUUUCGUUUAUGAAUAUUACGUACUGGUAAGGUUAUGAAGGUUUUAAGGGGCCUUAGAAUGUAACUGUGUUGUCCACAUGUUAUGAAAGUGUUAUCAAUAAAAGGCCUUAGCUUUUCAUAUAACUGUUUACUACUUGCUAUGAAUGUUUAAGGAGUGUUAGUUUUCUACCUAGCUGUUACCUAGAGUGGUUCAGUUAUGAAAGUGUAAGGGUCUUAGCUCUCCUGUAACUGUUGACAUGAUAAGAAGUCUUGGCUUUCCACCUAACUGUUACCAACUUGAUAGAAGGGUUGGCAUUUAGGAGUUCACUGUUUGGUUCCAUGUUGGUCUUGUUGUUUUACUCCAGGUCUGUGUAUUGUGAUAAUGAACAUUGUAACCCACGUUAACCCCUUCUCAUCUGAGUAUUUCCACAGUACUGUAAUACACCAGUGCCUCUAUCAGUCGCUUAGUGAAUAUUACAAUGUAACUAACAAGUCAUAAGUACCAUAGGCUACUAAUCUUAAUACAAUUUAUGAUUGCAUUUAUUUACCAGCGAAAAAAAAAACUGGAAUGAAUAAAUCUAUACACCAUUCACCUGUACAAAUUAUUGACAUGUCUUUAAGUUUCUAAAAUCUUGUUACUGUAUUUUAAUUUUUCUUAUUUAGUGGGUAUGCUAUGCUUCGAAACAAUGCCUAACACCAUUUGUAAAAUUUCAAGAAGGGUCCUUCCAUUCCCAUAAUCUUUAUAAUCUCUGCAAUAUGAGCAGUGAAGUGAUAAAACUUGCUUAGUAAUCCAAAAUUGGUAAUUAUACAAAUGUGAAUUAGGCGUGCAAAUGAACAACUGUCAAGACAAUUUAAACAAAAAAAUCCUUAAUGACAAUCUUAGUUUACCAGAAGUAACGUUGGUUGAUAUAUUUCAGGUGAAUGAUGCUUAGACAAAACAUGUUAUAUACUUCUGAAUUUUUAGGAUGGUAUGUUAUUGUGAUACGAAUUAGUGGAGCGGAUAUUAGAUAUUGGGGCAAUCGUGGUAAUAGAUCUUCCGUGUUGAAACUUCUAGGCUGUUUUGUGGCUGCAUUGGUAUUAUUAAAAAGGUCAUAUUUCUAUAUUGAAGGUUUUUUUUGUAACUUUGAUCACACGACCCUGCUGUUUCAAUAAAGAUGUUUUGUAUAUA